GGCGUGGCCGUCAGGGAGCUGGCGUAGCUGGCGGCGUGGACUCGGCCGCCCACCGGCUCCUUUAAGCCCCCCGGCACCGCCCCCACCGACCCGCCCCCAGCACGGCCUGGGCCAGGUUGGCUCCGGGGUCGGCUCCGCGCGGGCCGCGAUGGAGCUGCACAUCCUAGAGCACCGGGUGCGGGUGCUGAGCCUCGCCCGCCCCGGUCUCUGGCUCUACACCCACCCGCUCAUCAAGCUGCUCUUCCUGCCCCGCCGAAGCCGGUGCAAGUUCUUCAGCCUGACGGAGACCCCCGAGGAUUACACGCUCAUGGUGGACGAGGAGGGCUUCAAAGAGCUGCCCCCAUCUGAGUUCCUGCAAGUGGCCGAGGCCACGUGGCUGGUGCUGAACGUGUCAUCCCACAGUGGCGCAGCAGUGCAGGCUGCUGGGGUCACCAAGAUCGCCCGCUCAGUAAUUGCACCGCUGGCCGAGCACCACGUGUCGGUGCUGAUGCUAUCCACCUACCAGACAGACUUUAUCCUGGUGCGGGAGCAGGACCUGUCCGUGGUGAUCCACACGCUGGCCCAGGAGUUCGACAUUUAUCGAGAGGUGGGCGGGGAGCCUGUGCCCGUUGCCAGGGAUGAUUCCAGCAACGGCUUUCCCCGUGCCCAGCAUGGGCCCAGCCCCACGGUGCAUCCCAUCCAGAGCCCAGAGAACCGUUUCUGUGUCCUCACGCUGGACCCUGAGACGCUGCCAGCCAUCGCCACCACCCUCAUUGAUGUCCUCUUCUAUUCGCACAGUCCCCCUAAGGAGGCAGCCUCCGGUGGUCCUGGAUCCAGCUCCAUCACCUUCUUUGCUUUCUCCCUCAUUGAGGGCUACAUCUCCAUUGUCAUGGAUGCUGAAACGCAGAAAAAGUUCCCCAGUGACCUGCUGCUGACCAGCUCCUCAGGGGAGCUGUGGAGGAUGGUGCGCAUCGGCGGACAGCCCCUGGGCUUCGAUGAGUGUGGGAUUGUGGCCCAGAUCGCAGGUCCCCUGGCUGCGGCCGACAUCUCUGCCUACUACAUCAGUACCUUCAAUUUCGACCAUGCCCUGGUGCCUGAGGAUGGCAUCGGCAGUGUCAUCAAGGUCCUCCAGCAUCGGCAGGAGGGUCUGGGUUCCUGAGGCCCCGAGGGGAACAGCAGCCUCCAGGCUCUCCCCUUGUCCUCAAGCUUCCAGAGACUUCUCAAAGCUAUUUCCUCAAGCUCUGGGAUGUUCCUGUCGGGGGACUCCUCCUUCCGCUCUGUGUAUGUAAGCUGCGUGCAGACACUGGCUCUCACGUGGACACGCGUGUCUGCCCAACGCAGGGGAACACGGUGCUCAGGGCUUCCUCCAGGAAGCCCUCAACCCAUCACUCCCUGCGGGGCCUCGGCAUUUGCACAUUCCCUGCCUGAGGCCCGAGCCUUCCCCCUCUCAGCGCCCUGGGUGGGCCGGCUGCUCCCCAGAAGGCCUGAUCUCCCUUCUGCCUCUGGCUCUGUUGCCUUCCCUGGCCACGUGAGUUCUGACAGUGCCUUCCCUUCCUGGGGCCUCCAAAAAAAGUAUUUUUACAUCUCUCUAUCUCUCUUCUUUUUUAAUCAACUUGUUAAUAAAGAGCUUG